GCUAGCUAUAUAUUUAAGUAUCUCCUUACUUCUUUACCCAUCCUAGUCUUCUUUCUCCAUCUCUCGAUCUCUAGCUAGCAAGUAGCAAGGCAUAGCUAUUGAUAACUAUUGGAGAAAGAAGCAAAGGAUCGGAAAGAAGAAAUGGGUGCAGAUUUGUUGGCUCUUAUGAUGAUGAUAUUUGUGCAAUUUGGAUAUGCGGUGAUGAACAUCAUAUCCAAGGUGGCCAUGGAUUCCGGCAUGAACCCUUUCGUCCACGUCGCUUAUCGUCAACUUUUCGCCUCCAUUGCCAUUGCUCCGAUUGCAUAUUUCUACGAGAGGAGGAUACGGCCACAGAUGACACUCUCUAUCCUUUUCAAUAUAUUCCUUUGUUCCAUAUUUGGGAUUAGCCUCAAUCAGAUCACAUACUUUGUAGGGCUCAAGAAUUCCACACCAACCAUUGCAUGUGCAUUAACCAACUUAAUUCCAGCAGUCACUUACCUCAUGGCAGUCCCUUUCGGGAUUGAAAAGUUAAUGAUACGGAGUGCGGCCGGGAAAGCGAAGGUGGUGGGAACCAUACUGUGUGUGGGUGGUGCUAUGUUACUGUCGUUCUACCACGGCCAUAAUAUUGGCAUAGGCGAAUCUAGCAUUCACUGGAAAUAUGCAGACCAUCUCUCAUCCCAAAACAAAAUUAAUAAUAAUAAUGGCUCUACCAACACUCAACCCAACUUCAUCCUCGGACCUUUCCUCAUCAUCGUUAGCGCCGUUUCUUGGGCAAUUUGGUCAAUUAUCCAGACAAGAGUGAGUGAGAAGUACCCAGCUCCAUACUCAAGCACGGCCUUAAUGUGUUUGAUGUCUAGCAUUCAGUGUGUUGUUUUCGCUGUUUGCUUUGACCACAAACCAAGUGAUUGGUCUUUGAGGCAAGGGAUCAGGGCUACCUCUACGGUUUAUGCGGGAAUUAUGGGCACUGCAAUAGCAUAUUGCCUAAUGUCAUGGUGCAUAGAUAAAAAAGGACCUUUAUAUGUUUCUGUUUUCAACCCUUUGCUGCUUGUGAUUGUAGCUGUUCUCAGUUGGGGUUUACUUCGAGACAAAAUAUAUGUUGGCACGAUUGUUGGGUCAGUGUUGAUUGUUGUGGGACUAUAUGGAGUUCUAUGGGGAAAGCAGCAAGAGCUACGACAAGUUAUUGGGGUUGUGGAUGUGGAUGAAGAAGAGGCAAUAGAUGAGGUGAAAACCAAAGAAGAUAACUUGGAAGAAUUGGAGUUAUCUGGCCAUUCAAUCAUCACCGUUGAUCAAUUCCCCAAGAAGUGAUGAAGAUCAGCAGUAAAAAUAAUUUAAAGAAAAUAAUAAUAAUUAGUUUUCGUUGCAUAGUAGUAAAGAAAUUGUCAUCCUUUGUGAUUUUGUCCCAAACAAACUUAAACUAGUAAGUGGCAUGUCAAGAUGUGUGUGCGUGUAUUUUAAUUUGUUUCAUAUUGGACCAAACGUUAUGAAUUUUCUUUGAUAAUUUUAUUUGUUUCAAA